AUGACUCCAGCCCGCAAAAUGCCUCCUCCUAUCACCCCCGGACGCACGGGAGCACGGAUCCAUGCGAAUACGACGACACCAAUUGCAUCAGCUUCCGGCACUCUAGGAGGUGCUGCGGCUGUUGCUGCGCCACUACCACCAGUGAAGCGUCUUGUCAUCCACAAGCUCGUUUUGCAGGAUUUCAAGUCUUAUGCUGGCCGACAGGAAAUAGGACCGUUUCACAAGUCCUUCUCUAGCAUUGUUGGGCCCAACGGCAGCGGCAAGAGCAAUGUGAUUGAUGCACUUCUUUUUGUCUUUGGCUGGCGAGCGAACAAGAUGCGCCAGGGCCGACUUAGCGAGCUGAUUCACAAUCGCGAGGGAUUGCCGCCGCCUCCCUAUUGUGCAGUGGAAGUCUGGUUUCGCGAUAUUAUUGACUAUCCGGACACCGAGAAGUACGACGUUGUGCGAGGAAGUCGCUUGAUUCUUCGGCGCGUAGCCAUGCGGAACAAUACAUCGCAGUACACGCUGAAUGGCACCAAGUCUUCAUUCACAGAAAUCACCGCUUUGUUGCGUGACCGUGGCAUCGAUCUUGAUCACAAGCGCUUCUUGAUCCUGCAGGGAGAAGUCGAGAGUAUUGCACAGAUGCCGCCCAAAGGCAAAACCGAGCACGAAGAAGGUUUGCUGGAGUACUUAGAGGAUCUUAUUGGCACAAGCGAGUACAAGGAGCCCAUCGAGGAGCAUGCAAAAGCUGUUGACGCUGCAAGCGAUGCACGCAGUGAGAAAAUGAACCGCUUGAAAAUCGUGCAACGCGAGCUCGAUGCAUUGGAACCACGACGCAAAGAAGCUGAAAGCUUUCUCCGUGAUCAAAAUGAGCUUGUAUGUCUCCAGUCACGACUGUGGCAGUCACAUAUGGUUGACUGCCGCGACCACAUUUCGCGUGCAUCAGAGUCUCUUGCCGCUGUCCGCCAUCAAAUCGAGUCCGAGCAUGCGAAACAUGCCGAGGCGCAGCAAGCAUCUGACUCGCUGCGUGCUAGCCAUCAAGCUGAAGUGAAUGCCUGUGCAGAAAUGGAGACACAUGUGCGUGAUUUGACGCGUGCGUGGGAAAGUGCCGAGAAGCUUGGUAUUGAGCUCAAUGCUCGCCACAAAAUGAUUACCGGCAAACGAAAGAAACUCAUUUCUUCUCUCACUGAGUCGAAAUCAGCCGUCGCCCGCGCGCGUGAUGCGGCUUCGAUGGCAACAAGUGAUAUUAGCAGCGUGCAGCGCGAGUUCGGCGAGCGUGAAUCUGCUCUUGUCAGGGAGGAAAGCACACUUGAGAAUAUAUGUGAUCGUCUGAAAGGAACAACACGGGAGUUUAGCGAUGCAAUUGAACAGAAGCAAAAAGAACUUGCCCCUUGGACAGCCAAAAUCAGCGAGCAUACGGCAGCAUGCGAAAUCCUGCAGCAUGAGCGAUCGUGGCUCACCUCACAUAGUGAGGAUACGAUUCAACGGGUCGAAGAUGCGCGUGUUUCACUAGCUGACUUGCAACGUACUAUGCAAAUGCAAACUGAGGAGAUGGAAUCGCUGCAGUAUGAACAGCGCACGCUAUGUGACAAAAUGGACGAGGACCGUGCACAGCUUGCAGCAAUGCAAGACAAUGAACGUGCAUUGCGACAGAAGCGUGAUCAAGCACGACGCGCGGCCGAAGACGCAAAGCACUCGCUUGCAUCGACCAAAUCGCGCGGUGAAGUGCUACAGAGCUUAGUGCGGCAAGCGGAGCUGGGCUUGCUAAGUGGAUUCUACGGCCGGCUCGGCAGUCUCGGCACCAUUGAUCCCCGCUACGACGUCGCUAUUAGCACGGCUUGUCCAGGUUUAAAUAAUCUCGUCGUCGAAAACGUUGCAACCGGACAACAGUGCAUUGAGCAUCUCCGUAAACACAACUUGGGGCGCGCAAACUUUGUGCUCCUGCAAAAUGUGCAAGUGAAGACAGAUGCCAUGGGUCCGAUAACGACGCCAGAAAAUGUGCCGCGCUUGUUCGAUUUGGUGAAGCCAAAAGAUGCUCGUUUCGCUCCAGCUUUUUACCACCAGCUAGGCGACACGCUCGUGGCGCGUGACUUGGCUCAGGCGAACCGGAUCGCCUACGGUGUGAAGCGAUGGCGCGUUGUUACCGAGGAUGGCCAGCUUAUUGAUAAGAGCGGCACGAUGUCGGGUGGUGGCUCGCGUGUGAUGCGUGGUGCCAUCAGUUCGACGCUGCAUGCAGACGUGUCACCAGAACAAGCGUCACGGAUGGAAAAAGAAUUUUCCGCCGCUGAGAGCAUGCUUCAAUCACAUAUUCAGUCUCUCGCGCAUUUGACCACGCUUAUUGAAAGGAAUGAGGCCCGCCUUCCAGCCAUUCAAAAGAAGCUGGCACUUUUGGACAUGGAUGUACAGACAUCGACGCAACGCAUCAGCGAAGCCGAGGAUCACCUACACGAAGCGCAGGCGCAGAGUGAGCCAAAUCAAGAUGAUCUUCGCCGCAUAAAAGAACUCGAUCAUCAGCUGCACUUGCAUCAAGACGAGAUUGCUACGCUGAAGUCGAAGAGUGCUGAUAUCGAACAGGCCAUCCACGCUUUGCAAGAGCAAAUUCUCGAGGCUGGUGGUGUGGAAUUGCGUGCUCAGCAGGCGAAAGUCCAGGGCAUAAAAGAUAUGAUGUCAUUGUGUGCCGAACGACUAGCGAAAUCAGAAGAACAGCAUGCAAAAGCCGAGAAUGACCUUAAGCGGUAUGAAAAAGCGCUCAAGUCUGGUCAAGAACAGCUUGAUCUGCUUGAUGCUGAACUGCAGACGCUCGAAGAAAGUCGCGUCGCACAAGCAAGCGACUUGGAGAGUGCAGCUGCGCGAAUUGAAGACAUGCGUGAAGCUCUAGAGGAUCGCAUCGAGAAGCGUGACCAGCUACAAGCCCAGCUUGAUGAGCAUGACGCUUCUCUUCGUGCAUUCCGUGCGCUUAGGAUGGAGCUGGAACAACGACUGGAAGACCACGAAAAGACCAAGUCCGAGAAUGAGCAGCGGCUCCAGCAUUGGGUAAAGCAACACUCUCAACUUGUUUUGAUCCCGGUCCCUCGCUCCGAGGAUGACACUAGUAGUAGCCAGCUUAUUAGCGAUGCCCAUGAAGAGCGUCAACAUGGCGGUGGUAAUGUGGCUGUGAAAGUUGAAGACGGCGGGGGCGAUAAUGAUGACAUGGAGCAAGAGCCGAUAAACGAGAAGCUAUCCAACAACACAAAUGAAAGCGAGACGUGCGACGAGGAAGAACUGGCCGACCAGCUGCCGACGCUCACGGAUGAUGAAGCACGCACCGUCGAUAAGGGCCGUGUGCAAGCUGACAUGACGCGGCUUGAAGAGCGCUUGGCCUCAAGUGACGUUAAUUUGGACGUGCUAGAAGAGUUUCGACACGUCGAAGAAACCUUCCUUGCGCGAGCCAAAGACCUGGAACGUGUCAAUGAGCAACGUGAUCAGGCACAGAACAAGUUUGAGGCGUUGCGUAAGGAGCGUCUCGAGCGAUUUAUGGAUGGUUUUACCCAAAUAUCUCUGAAGCUCAAGGAAAUGUACCAGACGAUCACGCUUGGUGGAAAUGCCGAGCUGGAACUCGUCGAUAGCUUGGACCCAUUCAGCGAAGGCAUCGUCUUCAGUGUGAUGCCGCCAAAGAAAACGUGGAAAAACAUCAGCAAUCUCAGUGGCGGCGAAAAGACACUUAGCAGUCUUGCCCUAGUCUUUGCCCUGCAUGCUUACAAACCAACACCACUGUACGUGAUGGACGAGAUUGAUGCUGCUCUAGACUUUCGCAAUGUUUCAAUCAUUGCAAACAUCAUCAAAGAGCGUACACGCGGUGCUCAAUUCGUUGUUAUUUCAUUGCGGAACAAUAUGUUCGAGCUAAGCUCGCGUCUUGUUGGCGUAUACAAAACGGCGCAUUGCACAAAGUCACUAACUAUUGAGAAUGUUGAUCUACAUGCCACUUCGCCGUUAGACUCGCACGCACCACCCGCAUUUGCCGCUGCUGCAGCUGUACCUUAUCGCCACCCGCCUGGCGGCGCGAUGACGUCCCCUACAAAGUCUGGCGGCCGGACCACUUCCUCUGUCGCCCUUGGUUAG